AUGGUGACCGGAAAGUCCCAGCCGGGUAUCGAUCCGGUGCAUCUCCCCGCGACCACCCCCGACCCGACCGGCGCCAACUCCCCACCCUCCAAACGAGACUUGGCCUCCUGGUGGAGGCAGUUCAAACGAAAUACGCGCAAAGAGGAAGUGAAAGAAGCCCCUCGUGGCAUCUUCGGCAUUCCGCUGAAUGUCAGCAUCAAAUACGCAAACGUGGCCAUCUCCCUCAACAACGAGCAUGGUGAAAGCCACAUUUAUGGAUACGUACCCAUCGUCGUCGCUAAGUGCGGCGUGUUCCUGAAAGACCGAGCCACCGAUGUGGAAGGCAUCUUCAGACUGAAUGGGUCAGCCAAACGGAUCAAAGAUCUUCAGGAGAUCUUUGAUUCGCCCGAAAGAUAUGGCAAAGGUCUGGACUGGUCGGGGUAUACGGUACACGAUGCCGCCAAUGUCCUGCGUCGGUACCUCAAUCAGCUCCCGGAGCCGAUCGUACCGUUGGAAUUUUAUGAGCGCUUUCGAGAACCACUGCGGAUCUACCAAAGGCAAGUCCAGGAAGACAAGCCGGAGGCGGACGCAGAGAAGUUCGAUCAUGCCAAGGCGGUCGAGACCUACCAGCGUCUCAUCGUGGAGCUUCCGCCCCUCAAUAAGCAGCUGCUUCUGUAUAUUCUGGACCUGCUCGCAGUGUUUGCGUCCAAGUCAGACCAGAACCGCAUGACAUCGGCCAACCUCUCCGCCAUUUUCCAACCCGGGAUGCUGUCUCACCCCCAACAUGACAUGUCGCCAGAGGAGUACAAGCUCAGCCAAGAUGUCUUGAUCUUUCUGAUCGAAAACCAGGACCAUUUCUUGGUUGGCAUGAGCGGGACCACUCCCGAUGAGCAGCAGCGAAAAGAGGUUGAGGCAGGCCCUCAGCCCCCUGCAAGCUCCAAGGAAGCUGAAGCGGGCCUUCAGUCACGGCCCUCCACCACGUCCAACGUUCGACGAUCCGUGUCGAACGCCAGCGCGAACAAUGAGGGUCAUCGCAAGAUUGAUAGUCUCCGUCGCAAUGUGUCGGUUUCAUCUCGCAAUUCCCGUAAUUCUCGUCACUCAAACAACGCACCCAGCCCCGGCACCCCUACAUCAGCCUCCGGUGGCGUCCAUCGAAGCAAUACCCUUCCCUCUAAGAUGGGCCCGGUCGUCGCAUCGGCUCGUUUCGUGCGCCCGGGUGAGACAGGCUCCGCCAACCCUUCGGGUCUCUCAGUAUCCCACCACAGCUCUCGGUCGGCGAGUCGCACACCGCCGUUGCGUGGAGAAGUCGAACCACGUAAGCCCAGUGCCGCCGUGUCCGAGGCAUCGACGGGAAGUGCCUUUGUGCACACGUCGACACACGGCCCCGUCCCGGUGGAGACGGCAGAGAAGCUCACCCGGCCUCCCCCCCCUCCCGAGGUUGUUACCCCGACCCGCGAGCGCAAACUCUCCAACUUCUUCACCAAGUCUCCGCCGCCCCCAGAGGCGGAGCAAAAGGAAUUACGCCAGCCAAAUCGUUUACGAAAGAAACGCAUUCCUGGCAGUGCCAGCAUCAGUGCCCAAAGCUCCACUAACUCACUUGAACCCACCUUGGAUUCUUCGGAGCCGAAGCGCGGGCGAACAUCAAUCGAGGUGGCUGUAGGGGAUAUUACACCCAAACCGCCAAACACGGCAACCUUGAGCUACCGCGAUGCUCCAUCUGAGUCCAACAUGGCUCUUGCCGAAGGCGCCUCGCACCCCAAUACCGAUAACUCCCUGAAACCGCAUCAGUCACGGACGCCAUCGAUGAACUCCCGAUCAUCCUUCACGGACCAAUCCGAUCUGGAUCAGCCAGAGGAUGCGAAUCGUUCAGAACGCCGAGAUAAUCGACGGAGCUGGCGCUUCCACCGCUCGUCCAAGCGCAACAGUGAACAAGUAGGACUAGGACUUGCAUCUCCUCCUUUGAUGGCUACACAUCCUGGUGCUGAGCAGAGCACUAGCUCUAUUGGUAGCGGACACAACCUUAGUAAUGACCCCGCCAGUCAGCCCCUUAGUCUGGAUGCCGAGAUCCAACCCGGCUCCAGCUCUAAUGCUGAGCCUGAAAAGAGGAGUCUAUUUGGAAAAUUCAAGGCCAAGGUGGCUCAAGUCCGUGAUGGGGUUAAAGACGAUCGCGAACGCGCGAAGAGUCCGACGCAGUCCGACACUGACCCUGUUGCCUCUACCCAGCCACUAUCACCUGUGGCUGCCGCCCAGGCGAAUGGGAACCCUUCCAUUGACGUUCCCUCGCCGGAACAGUCUAAGGAGGAGCCUGCCCGGUCACCGGUUUCUCCAUUGCCAGGCGCAGGUCUCCCUCCCUCCAUUCCCGAAGAACCCAACAGUCCGGAGGCCCUCUCUACCGCGGCUGUUCGAAAAUCCCAGAACGAGGGACUCGCGGAGAACGUUCCCUCGUCCAAGGAAGAGGCGCCAAUUGUUGCAGAGCAGCCCAGAGAAUCAGUCCCUGCCGAUAAAGAUACAUCAGCAUAA